CUCCGAUUCCUCGCGUUGCGACAAAGAUGGCUGCGAGCUUGGUGGUCGACCGACUUCGGCUGGAAAUUGAUAUGAUGCGGCGGGACACAAGUCUGUGGUGGCUCCAUUCGCUGCCGGACAUUACGAUUCAGUCGCUUGUCCAGGGCACGAACGGCGUCUCGAUCAUGGCAGAUAUCCUGCCGUCGCCAGAGCUCGAGUUGCCGGGUGACCCGACAACGAUCGAAUUCCUCGUGAACGCCAAGUACGGCAGCCACCCGCCUGUCGUGCGGUGUCUCGGCGCAUUUGUCCAUGGCAUUUGCGACGUCAAGUCCAGAGUAGUCACUCUCCCCAUGCUGGCGCGGGUCGAACGGGGAUGGUCCAAGUCGUACUCGAUAGGGUCCGUGCUGCACACGAUCCGGCGCGCGUUCAUGCGAAAGCCGUCGGCGGACGGCGCGCUUGGCGGCGGCAUUGGUGUAUGGGAAAUCCGGUCCAAGUAUCUCCAGUACAUGGAAGCAAAGCAUCACAUCGCGUCGAGUACAGUCGUCGUUGCCCACAGUGCCGGCGUCGGCUGCAGCUCGGUCGGCGCGCGGGAGAUCAUGGAAGACUCGCUCAUUUGCGUCGACGAGUUGGCUUGUGGGACGAGCAGCACGCUCGGAUUCCAACCGGCGCUGUACUGCGUUGCGGAUGGCCAUGCUGGCAUCACAUGCGCCGACUACUUGAUGAAACACCUGCCCACGGCCGUGGGCUCCACGCUUGGCCAGGACAAGAGCCCUCGGGAAGCCCUGUACCGGGCCUUCACGCAAGUCGACGCAGCAUUCAACGACUGGGCGAUUGCCAACAACGACAUGUCGGGCAGCACGUGCAUAUGCGUGUUGUACGAUGGCUUGGACAAACUAUACUGCGCCAACGUGGGCGACUCUCGCGCACUACUCAUCCGAGGUGGGCAUCCUAUUCAGAUCUCCCGAGACCAUCGGUCAGUGGACGCUGAGGAGCAAGGCUACAUCGUGAGCCGCGGAGGCUUCAUCACGAACGACCGGACAUUUGGCCAGCUGACCGUGACCCGGGCGUUCGGAGACGUCGACAUCAAGAAACAGUUUGGGUCUUCGUUGUGUGCGGUGCCAGAGAUCUCAGAGUGGACAGUGAGUCCGUCGGGCGAUAUCGUUGUGCUGGCGUCCGACGGGCUGUUCGCCGUGAUGGACAACCGCACAGUUGCAACCAUCGUCACGACGAUGCUGAACAAGAAUGCAACGCUGCAGGCGAUUGCAAACGAGUUGGUUCGGAUAUGCGUCGACGAAAGGCACGGAGAGGACAACACGUCUGUGAUUGUGGUCGAAGUGACGUCGGACAGCCUCCACGACCGCAGCAUAGCCAAGGCCGCGAACGGAGAGAUAUACAAUGAGGCAGCUGUCGACGAUGCGAUAGCACUCAAGGCGGACAAGUCUGUAGACAAGUUGCUUCAAGAUCUGUCGCUUCAAGACGAUGGAGUGGGAGUGGGCGGGCCACCGUCUACGACCAAGUCGGAAGCGCUGCGUCGUCCCAUGGCGACUGUGAAUCGCGCGGCCCUCCAAAACGACCAAGAGCUCAUGGAAUUCCUUCUCGACGAGCAAAACUUUUCGUCGUGAGAACGAUCUUUGGGCGGUUUCAGAUAUAUGCCAGUGAAUACAUGCAUUCUUGACUGGCA